AUGCUGAUGAAGACAGCAACCAGAAACUACGAGGUCAACAUUGAGAAAAUGAAGUGCGUUGCGCAGAAUGUGCUUGAUAGACGCCGGCGAGAGCCAUCAGACAAGAAGAACCUGCUCAACGCCUUGAUUAGGGGCCAGGACCCCCAAACGGGAGAAACGAUGUCUGAUGAGAACAUCAUAAAUAAUAUGCUUACAUUCCUUAUUGCAGGACACGAAACCACAUCUGGGUUACUCUCAUUUACUGUGCUCUCCCUUCUCAAAAAUUCCAGCGCCUACCACAAGGCUCAGCAAGAGGUGGAUAGGGUGAUCGGAAGCUCUACAAUCAAAUUCGAACAUCUCGCGCAGCUCGAGUAUCGGGAGAGCGAGAUGAGGUUAUUGGCGGUGGCAGAUGAUAGGUUGCCCUCUGAAGUCGUCUUUGUUACUGCUACUUUCGAAGGGACACCCGGAGACAACGCGGGAAAGUUUGUGGGAUGGCUCAGGAACGAACCUGACGCAAAGUUAAGCGGCGUCCAGUUUGCGGUAUUUGGCUGCGGCCACCACGACUGGUCGUCAACUUAUCAAAAAGUACCGAAGUGGCUGGACGACAUCCUGGUGCAGCGUGGAGCCACUCGUUUGACACAUCGUGGAGAAAGUGAUGUAGCCCUGGGAACAGUCUUGGAUGACUUUGACUGCUGGACAGAUUCCUCCCUGUGGCCGGCAAUUUCAGGUGAUAUUGAGCAGCGGACGCAAGAAGAUUUCAACGGACUUGACAUUGAGAUUAGUCCCUCGGCGCGGGCCUCUAACCUCAAACAUGAUGUAUUCCACGCGAGAAUAGAAGGCUCUGCCCUGCUAACUGGCCCUGGUGUCCGCGAGAAGAGGCAGAUUGUAUUCAGGUUGCCUUCGCAUAUGACAUACUCUGCUGGUGACUAUCUCAACGUGCUUCCGGUGAAUCCGCCAGAGACCGUGAGUAGAGUUCUCAGAAUAUUUGGCUUGCCGUGGGACGCUGAGAUCACCAUCCAACCCACAUCACAUACCUCACUACCUGUGAACGCUCCCUGGCCCGUUGCUCAACUUCUCAGUGAAUAUGUCGAGUUGGGGAGCCCGGCUUCAAAAAAGAGUAUCCUUGGCCUCGCAAGUCUCGGCGAAGAUAGCAGCGCAAGCACAGCGUUGCGCGAACUCACCGAGGCCCCCACGGGUCCAGUCUCUGUUCUAGAUAUCUUAGAGAGGUAUCCCGAUCUCCCAUGCCCUUUCGGAUUUUUCCUGUCGCUCCUUCCACCGAUGUGCAUGCGACGAUACUCCACCUCGUCCAGCCCGGUCGUAGACCCAACCCUUGUCUCCCUCACGUACAGCGUCCUUGACGAGCGAUUCCGCAACCGAUCAGAGUCCCGCUUUCUUGGGGUAACGACAAACUAUCUCAAGCGGCUUGAGAUCGGGAAUAUAGCCCAAGUUUCCGUCAGGGAAAGCCACUAUAGCUUCCAUCUGCCGGCCGACCCGAAGGUACCAGUCAUUAUGAUUUGUGCAGGGACUGGCAUCACACCUUUCAGGGGGUUUGCUGAAGAGCGAGCAGAGAAGAUCAGACUAGGCCAGCAACUUGGGCAGGCACUCCUAUUUAUAGGGUGCAGGAAUGCAAAUUCAGACAGGCUUUAUGCGUCCGACUUGGAGAAAUGGGAGAAGGCAGGUGCAGCAACGCUGUUUUAUGCCUUUUCGCAACACUCCUGGGAGAGCGCGGGUUGCAAGUAUGUACAGGACCGGCUGCACUCGGAACGGCGUCAAGUAGCAGAGCUUCUUAGCCACGGCGCGAAGGUAUUUGUCUGUGGCUCAUCCAAGCUGGGUACUGCCGUCAAAGCAGUCUUUCAACAGUCAGUUAUAGAAGAUUGGAAGGAAUCCGGUCUAGACGUGGGGGAGGAUGUAGAUACUUGGUUUGAUGAUCUCCAGGUCCAGGGAAGGUGGUCCAGCGAUUUAUUUGACUAA